AUGCCUUGGCUGCGGCCGUGGCGACCGCCGAAGCCGUCGGUCCCACGUUGUGGAAACCGACUCCAAGGGGCACUUCGAGGUACCGUUCAUCUCUCGGCCCGGGCCGGCUUCAGCGCUUUGCUAGCUGCGGUCGCUGGUGGGCGUCUUCGUCGCGCGUCCACGGCCAUCGUGGCGGUCAGUCGGGCCGAACCAGAGGCUGACAGCGCCACGCUGGCGCAUCGUGGCGAGGUUGACGCCGCGCUCGACAGCGCCUGGAAGCACCUCGACCGAGUGUUGAGGGAUGACGUCGGCCUGAACAGUGCAGUCGAGGAUCAGGCCCGAACCUAUGGCGAGGUCACCCCGACUGGAGCUCGGCGUCUCGCUGAAGCCCUGGGCCUGUCGCAAGCAGGCUUUGGGUCGUCCCACUUCGUCGACCUGGGGAGCGGCUGUGGCAAGCUCGUCACCCAGGCAUACCUCGAGUGGCCGGCCGUCAAGCGUGCUGUGGGGGUCGAGCUCUGCCCGGAGCGAACGGCACAAGCGAAGCAGGCUUGGUCGAAGCUCGUCGCAUCCGGCACAGCAGCUUCCCUCCGAGGCAGCAUGCUGCAGCAGAACGUCUCCCAGAGGACCGUGCAGGAGGACCUCGUGCUCGUACAAGGCGACCUUCUGGAAGCCGACAUUUCGCAGGCGACCCACAUCUUUGUCUCCUCUCUCUGUUUUGGUGAGGAGCUGCUCGCGGCGGUCUGCUCCAAGCUUGGCCGGGAGGCCUCCUCCCUCCGUCGCGCUGCAACGCUGACGGCCUUGCCUCACAGCCGGGCUGCGGGUCUACGCUACACGGGAUCUGUUUUCGCUGAGAUGACUUGGACCGGAGUUGAGGGCACCCGCGUGUGGCUCUACGAGCGACAGGAGUCGCAACAUUGA